AUGCUCAACGAACAUUCAAAAAAUGGUCGACUGAACAUUCCUCUGUUAUACUUGCAACGCGUUCUACGCUUGUCUCCAGUAAUGAUAGUCAUCGCACUUUUCAACCGAUUUUUAUUACAAUUCUGUGCAAAUGGGCCACUAUAUUAUUUUUAUCUCGAUGAAAAGCGACAGGAUUGUGAAAUUGCAAUGUGGGACUCAUUAUUGUAUUUCGAUAAUAUUUGGAAGAAACAGUGUGUUCCUGGAGCCUGGUAUUUGGCUGCAGAUAUGCAAUUGUAUCUUUUGACUCCAUUUAUGGUGCUACUAUUGCAAGAUUAUCCAAAACGAUUCAUGGGCGUUUCGAACUUUUUGGUUUGGGAGGGUUUGUAUUUCUGGCAUUAUAUAUUCAUUAGAAAAUUCAAUAACAUGCAAAACUCGUUUAAAAUUAGAUACGACAACUAUAUGACAACACAAUCUCGCAUCACCCCAUGGUUGAUUGGAGUCAAUUUUGCUUAUGUUUUGUUGCAAAUGCGUUCAACCAAACCUAUUCGUAUACAUCUGCACUCCUUUCAGCUUUUGAAUAGUCUUCUAUUGACUGGUUCAGUGUGUGCACUUCUGUGGUUCACACAUACAUAUAGAAAUGGAGACUUCUUAUGGAGGGCAAGAGCUUGGUGGUCAUUAUCUGUUUGCUAUAUCAUAUUUUCAUGCGUAACUGGUCAGGGCGGUGUCAUUAAUUGGUUUUUAUCGCAUCCACGUUGGCAACCGAUAUCACGGUUAAGCUUCAAUAUAUUUCUAAUUCAUCCUCUGGCUAUCUGGAUUAUAUUCUAUAACCGACGGGUACCAUUGUUUUUUUGGGUUAUUACACAG